AUGUGGAUUGGUAAACUGUUUUUCAGGCGACUUACAGUGUGUGGUACUGUCUCUCGCCAGGCUCGCAGGUAUAUCAACUGCCAUUCGUGUGGGAUCGAGCUACAGAAUGUGAACCCUAAAAGUAUCGGAUACUAUAAAAGGCACGAGGAGUUGAAAGGCGGCAAGAGUACCAAGGGUGACAAUGAUAGUAUAGAAUAUGUUAAAUAUCUUCUGUUCAGCCAAGAUAUCCAGAACAUGAAAGAAUCCGCGGUUGCGGACAAUCCUUUCCCUUCUCCAGAAAAUAAACCUGUCGAGAAGCCGCCAACUUGUAAAAGAUGCUACGAAGCCAUCCACCAAAACAAAUACACCUUAGAAGACUUCAAGGACACCAGUCUAGAUGUAAUUAAAAAAGACAUACCUAAGGGAUCAAACAUUAUGCAUUUAAUAUCUCUGCCAGAAUUCCCGAUGCACAUUAAUAAAAAAUUGCUGGAAGAUAGAGACUACAAUGUUUCGUUAAUAUACACCAAAGCUGAUCAGAUUGUAGCCAAUAGACACAUACUGACAAAAUAUGUGAUACCUUUUUUAUCGAGCUUCCUCAAAAAUCAGAUGUCACUGCCACUUCGCUCAUACCCAACAACCGCAGUAUCUGCCGUGAAAAUGUGGAACAUGAAUUCCAUGUAUGAUAUAUUAAGGGCCAAAAACUAUCUUGUUGGUAGUACCAAUGUUGGGAAAUCCACAAUUAUAAACUGCCUAAUAAAGAACUAUAUGGGUCAAAAAUUAAUAUUGACGAACAGGGGAGAACUAAAACCAUUCGAUGUCAAGCUUGAUCCCAAAUCAAAUAUGAAGAGCUAUAUGAAAGCACAAGAGGCUGGAGUUUCAUACAUUCCCAAUAUGACGCGAACUAUACAACCUUAUCAAAUUGUCGAAAAAGUUGUUUUUGAUCUUCCCGGCUACACUGACGAUGCGAGGCAGGGGAAACCGAUACAUCUGGAGAACAUCAUACGAAAAGAUUGGCUGCAGCGUAUUAGGAAGACGGAAUUGUUCAAGAGUUCCAAAAUUAAAAAAAAGACCUAUGUCUCUUUUCGAGGAACCGAAACAAAGGCAUGUUAUACCCUAGGCGGAAUUUUUCACCUUGUUGCCCCGGCAAACACAAUCAAUCAAAUCAUUAACUAUAUACCUGGACAAUGCUUUACGUUCAAGAAUAUUGAUCGUGCUAUUGAAGUUUUCAAUCAAUGCAAUGAUCCGGGAACAGGAGGAGACCACCCCUUGAAUAAGUACUGUGGAGUAACUGGCAAUGUUUGCAACAAGGAAUCGUAUGUGAGGCAUAUUCUUCCGCCAUUUCAAGGAAGUGUUGAGGUUGUGAUCAAAAAUGUUGGGUUCUUCUCGUUGCGGACUACGGGAAAGUAUCAGUUCCGCGGUCUUUAUGAACUUUGGGUACCGAAGGGCAUGGAAGUAUGCAUCAGAGAGCCCCUUGAAAAGAUUGUGAUGUUGACAGCUGAGAAUGAAUCUACUACGAAGUUUGAUCCGUGUCCCAAAAGUCGUCCUAUUGUUAGCUCCAGUUACCCGAUGCCAUUUGCAGUUUCCGACACGUUAAACGAAAUGAGAAAUAUGUUCAUUUCCCGUACCAGUAACGACAUUAGCCGACAAAGGCACAUAAACGAUAAUCACUUGGAAAUAGUAAGCCAUUUACACGAGGAGCCACCAAAUUUGUAUUGGUAUUACCAAUGGUAA